UUUCUAUCAUAUUUGACAUAAAUCUCACCAAAACUCUUAUCUUUUCAGGGUUGUUGAUAAGGAAAAAGCACACCAUGGCUUUGGCCAUUGCUACAUUCCUCUUCAUCACUCUUCUUUCAACAACAAAAACUUUAGCUUUUGAUUCAUGUCCAUCUAAUGAACAACUUUCAGUCAUUCCCAUUUAUGGCAAAUGCUCACCUUUCAACACACCAAAACCUACUUCUUGGGAAAACACACUUAUCAACAUGGCCUCUAAAGAUCCACAAAGACUUUCUUAUUUGUCUAGUUUAGUAGCCCAAAAGCCUAAUUCAGCCCCUAUUGCUUCAGGCCAACAAGUAUUCAACAUUGGUAACUAUGUUGUUCGGGCUAAAAUCGGUACCCCGGGCCAGCUAAUGUUUAUGGUCCUGGAUACCAGUAGUGACACUGCAUGGGUUCCAUGCAGUGGCUGUACUGGCUGUACCUCUAGUGUAUUUACUCCCAAUAUCUCGUCGACUUAUGGGUCGAUGGAAUGCUCUGUACCCGAAUGCACACAGGUUAAGGGGCAAUCUUGCCCCGCUGCUGGUGCACCGGGUGCUUGUUUUUUCAACCAAUCCUAUGGUGGAGCUUCAUCGUUCUACGCCACGCUGUCACGUGAUUCACUUAGACUAGGUGCUGAUGUUAUACCGAAUUAUUCAUUCGGUUGCAUCAGUGCUGUGUCAGGGAGCUCAAUCCCGCCGCAAGGGUUAUUGGGCUUGGGUAGGGGCUCCAUGGGCUCCAUGUCACUACUCUCACAAUCCAUGUCACUCUACUCUGGUGUAUUCUCGUACUGUUUACCGAGUUUCAAAUCUUAUUAUUUCUCUGGAUCGCUCAAACUCGGUCCAUUGGGUCAACCGAAGAACAUUAGAACCACCCCACUUCUUAAGAACCCGCACAGACCCUCUCUGUACUACGUGAACCUAACCGGCAUAAGUGUGGGUCGCGUUCUGGUCCCGAUAGCUCCUAAGCUUCUAGCAUUUGACCCGAAUACCGGUGCGGGUACUAUAAUCGACUCGGGUACGGUUAUAACCCGAUUCGUUCAGCCAAUUUAUAGUGCAAUUAGGGAUGAAUUUAGGAAACAAGUGAAAGGACCAUUUACCUCAUUGGGUGCAUUUGACACAUGUUUUGCAUCAACAAAUGAAGCAGUGGCACCAGCUAUUAUACUUCACUUUACAGGGAUGGAUUUGGUGUUGCCAAUGGAGAACAGUUUGAUUCAUAGUAGUGCAAGUCCUUUGGCAUGUCUGGCAAUGGCAGCAGCACCAACAAAUGUGAACUCUGUGUUGAAUGUAAUAGCCAAUUUGCAGCAGCAGAACCUGAGGAUUUUGUUUGACACAGCUAAUUCGCGUUUGGGAAUUGCUCGCGAACUUUGUAACUAGAUUCGAGUCCUUCUCUGUAACCCGCCCUCCUUUGUGUCGAGUCCCACUCAGAACUUGACCUUCGAUUCAAUUUUGUAUUGAUGUCUUUGCAAUUCCAAAUCACUUUAUCAAAUGUGAAUUGGUAGCUCCAGUAUUGUUCAAUACCCCUUUACAUCAAUUGUUCAUGUAUAAGAGCAGAAGAGGGGGACAAGAAAAAUAAGACUAUAAUUUUCUUUUC